CAGCAAUUCCUUUUUAUUUUAUUAACACAGUUGCCACAUGGCCUUUUCCAAAAGCAUUAUUAGCCAACGUACUGGUUCUGUUUAACACCCACUCAUGAUAUCCACCAUAAAUAAUGCCCCGAUGCCCCAUGGUUGCCUAGGGAGUCUCCCACAGUGUGCCCUCUGCCCAUCCUUUAGUUCUUCCAUCUUCCCUCAGUUCACUUUUCUGGAGACACCUGACUUCCAUCCACCCAUUCGCCACUCUUCAGCAUUCUCCCGUCUACUGUCUUCCACGGACCGUUUUUUUUUUUUUUUUUUUUCUUGGAAUCUUCUGCCCUUGCAGCUGCUUCCGCCUCAAUCUUUUAAGUUCCUGCCACAGGAAAUUUUUUUUUCUGACGUGAGAGCCAAAGUUGGCUCCUGCAGUGGCUCUGUAAUUCACCAUGUAUUAGUGCCUUGAAAAUCAUUUUGAAAUGAUUGUGUCUUUUUAUGGCUAACAAGGGGCCCGGAUAUUGUCUUCCUUAUUAUAGUGUCCCAAGUUCGUAAGUGCUUAAACAUGGUUGCAUGCCUCGGGUGUGGUCUUGAGCUCUGGCAGAGGUACAGGUGCAUCGCAGGGGCAAGGGAGCGGGGCAAGGGAGCGGGAAACACAUUUGUUCAAUCUGUUUGGGAGUUUCUUGGUUUGACUCCUCUUCCCUCUCCACGCCCCUGUUAUACCACAGACCUGGGCGGCUCUUCCCUGUACCCAGGCCCCACUGGGAGUGCCCGCAGCCCUAGCUCUCCCUACUCUGUGGAGACUCCCUAUGGCUUCCACCUGGACCUGGACUUCCUCAAGUACGUGGAGGAAAUCGAGCGUGGUCCUGCCUCUCGCCGAGCUCCAGGACCCCCGCCCGCGCGCCGCCCGCGCGCGUCCCGAACGGGCCUCGCGGGAGCGCGGAGCCCAGGAGUUUGGACCUCCAGCGAAUCCCUGGCCAGUGACGACGGCGGGGCCUCGGGUGCACUCUCUCCUGGGGCGUUCCCGGGGCUCUCGUUACCUCCGCUGUCGCCACGCUCCUUCUCCCGCAAUUCGCGCGUCGAGCACACGCUCUUGGAAACCAGCCGACGAUUGGAGCAGGCGCAGGCUCGGGAGCGCGCGCUCAGCCCGGCCCGUGCGGUCACGCGCAGCCCGCGCGGGUCGGGCCGCAGCAGCCCCGCCCCUAAUCCCGCCCCUGCUUCGCCGGGCCCCGCCCAGCUGCAGCUGGUGAGGGAGCAGAUGGCCGCGGCGUUGCGGCGCCUGCGUGAGGUUGAGGACCAGGCGCGCGCUCUGCCAGAGCUGCAGGAGCAGGUGCGCGCACUGCGCGCCGAGAAGGCGCGGCUACUGGCCGGGCGCGCGCAUCCAGAGCAAGAAGUAGAGAUCGAGGUGCGCCCAGACAAGCUAGCCCAGCUUCGGCGCCUCACCGAGCGUCUGGCCACUUCGGAUCGCGGAGUCCGCUCCAAGGCUAGCCCCCGGGCUGACGAUCCCGACGGGUUGGCUGCCAAGUGCACCGAAGGAGCGCUGCAGGUGCUCGACCCGGCGUCUAGGACACCCGAUGGGGAACCCCGGACUCGGGAGGCGGGCACCGAAGUCGUGCCUGAGACCCGAGAGGUGGAUGCCCAGGCAGUACCCGAGACAGGGGAGGCUGGAGUGGAGGUGGUCCCUGAGACCGUUGAGGUGGACACGUGGGUGACGGAGGCACUGCUGGGGUUGCCCGAGGCUGCAGAGCGUGAGCUGGAACUGCUCCGCACCAGCUUGGAGCAUCAGCGAGGGGUGAGCGAACUCUUGCGGGGCCGAUUGAGGGAGCUGGAGGAGGCCCACGAGGCUGCAGUGAUCAGACCUCAGUCUCACGAGGUUGCUACCCAGACUACAUUGGGUUGCACCGAGAAGACCACACAGACCGAGCUCCCAGUGGAGAACCAGCCCAGACCCACAGCUGGAGACCAGGUGGCCUCUGCUGGCAUCCUCAAAUCCAUCAUGAAGAAGAAAGAUGGUACUCCAGGUGCACAAUCCAGUCAGGGACCCAAGAGCCUGCAGUUCGUUGGGGUCCUCAACGGAGAGUAUGAGAGCUCCUCCAGUGAGGAUGCCAGCAACAGUGAUGAUGAAGAUGGUGUUGCUGAACUCCCCAGGAGUAGCUCUUCUGGGUCAGGAGAUGAUAGUAGUGGGGGAUCUGACGCUGGAACUCCCGGCCCCCACAAUGACCAAGAUGCCAGGGACUGCGAGCUUGAGACACAUCCAGCGCUGAAGGCAGGGAGAGAAGGGAGGUGUGAACUGAGCCCCCGUUUGAGGGAGGCUUGCAUCGCUCUGAAUCAGCAGCUGAUCCGGCCCCGUGGAGUCACCAGCAGAGAUGUCAAUGCAGCACGACUUGUGGCCCAGGAGUGGUUUCGAGUGUCCAGCCAAAAACACUCUCAGGCUGAGCCUGUGGCUGGGGUGCUUCGAGGGGUGAAACGCCUGGGGCCUGAGCUGCUGGCUCAUGUGGUGAACCUGGCUGAUGGCAACGGAAACACAGCUCUGCAUUACAGCGUGUCUCAUGGGAAUCUGGCCAUUUCCAGCCUGCUACUGGAUACAGGGGCCUGUGAUGUCAAUCACCAGAAUAGAGCUGGCUACUCUGCACUCAUGUUGGCUGCACUCACUUCUGUAGGACAGGAGGAGGAAGACAUGGCUGUGGUUCAGAGACUUUUCAGCAUGGGUGAUGUCAAUGCCAAAGCUAGCCAGACUGGACAGACAGCUCUCAUGCUGGCCAUCAGCCAUGGCCACCAGGACAUGGUAGCUGCCUUGCUGGGAUGUGGGGCCGAUGUCAAUAUACAAGAUGCUGAUGGGGCUACAGCACUGAUGUGUGCCAGCGAGUACGGACGCCUUGAUACAGUUCAGUUGUUGCUGGCCCAGCCAGGUUGUGACCUAACCAUCUUAGACAAUGAGGGCACAAGUGCCCUGGCCAUUGCACUGGAGGCUGAACAGGAUGAGGUAGCUGCACUGCUCCAUGCCCACCUGACAUCAAACCACCAUGACUUCCAGGGACAGUCACCUCCAGGGUCUCCCACAGCCACACUGCAAAGGGAUGCAGUGACAAAUGAGGGACCUCAACCUCUAUGAGCUGCUGCCUACAUCUGGAGCAUAGGAGACAUUCCUCUGCUGUCUGAGCUUCUGAAUCACAGCAGGGCACCUCUAGCUUGUUAGGAAUGCUGAGGGGAAGGGUGAGGCAAAGCCUGGGUAAUGCUAUAUCCCUUCAUAAAACAUACUUCCUAAUAAAGUAUUUCUACUAAAUUUGUAUUUGCUUGGAUGGAAGUAGUAGGGA